AUGCUUCAAUGCUCAACGGGUGUAUAUAUUACCUUGCUUGCCACAUUUUCUAAGCCAACACUUUUCACUUUCAAUCCAGGUAUUGUCAUUGCCACGCAUGAGGGAUCUGUCAUCCGAUCUACACUGGACAACAUCCAAACACCCCAGAUUUCAACCUUGGUAGUUCAACUCGCUGCAAGGGGAAAAAGCGUUGUUCGUGAUUUAGAUCCCGAAGACGAGCUUACUUUUUUACGUAUUCGAUCAAAGAAACAUGAAAUCAUGGUUGCUGAAACAAAACAGUAUCUGCUGAUCGUCAUCCAAAACCCACAUGAACUUUAA